AUGACGGAUAACCUGGUCCUUCUCGGUAUUUCGUACUCUGCACUAACCCAUUCCGCGGCACUACACGGCGCAGACCCGAUCCGUACUACAGAGCCGCGUGGCUUUCUUGUCGACAACGGGGUCACAUUACGCUUAUACCAAAGCUUCUUCCAUCAGGUGGAUACUAUCCUGUCCUUUCUCAACAGUUGGGCGUCGGAAAAUCCGUCACGCCGAGUGAUUUGGUUGUCAGGUACGGCAACGCACAACGGGCUGCGAUUUAAAAUGUUCCGUACAACCACACGAGUACAGAGAGCCAAUGAAAUGGUCCAGGAGUACAUAAGAAAGUACAAGUAUGAUAGGAUUGAGUACAUGGAUAUCUAUCACAUGACAUUAUCCAGACCGGACCGGUCGUACGAUGGUAUACACUACACCUUGCGAAGCUCCAAAUUGAAGCAGAAAUCCAGACACACUGCAAGGGCCACGGAGCCAGGAUUCUGCGAUGGCGAUUGGUUUGAUCAGCAGAUGUACCGCCAAAUUGACUAUCCCGACUCACUGGUGCGCAUUCAGGCACGCAUGGUAUUGGACACCCUGAUGCGAACUACGUGA